CAGUAAUCGUGAAAAGUGUUGUAGAAAAAUGCUUCUUCUUUUGUGUUUUCUCGUACCUCUUUUUCUGGGACCCGUCUUUGGACAGUCUACUUAUGGAAGAGAGUUUUACGUUGGAUUUGCGGAUCAUUUUGGCCAUGAAAGUGAUAUAAACCUACAGUUGGACAUCGCUGCUAAAUCAAACGGAACAAUAAACAUUACGGACGUAUAUGAACAAACGAAAACGACAUAUAUUUAUACUCGUACUAAAGCCUUUAGUGUGAACUUCAGUCGAAAUCGCAUUUUAUUCUCCAGUGGAGAAAGUAACUUUACCGGACUUUACAUAGCAUCUACCAUGGAUAUAGCUGUUUACCUGACAAGUUAUGACAGAUGGAUGGAAAGUGCAGACACUUACGCAGCCCUCCCUCUACCCAUGCUAGGAAAUAGAUAUUCAGUUGCAAGUUAUACGCCUGUAAUUUCCAGUUCAAUAUUCAUUGUUAUUUCCUCUUCCAAUAACACAAAAAUAAAUAUUACACUCCCUGACGGAACAUUCAAAACGGAAACUUUGAAUGCGAUGGAGGUUUACCAAGAAAAAUCUGAUUUAGAUCUAACGGGAACUUUGAUAGAGGCAAAUAAACCGGUUGCGGCUGUUAGUGGAUUGAUGUUCUCAUACAUUAGCAAAUUAGGAAACAGUGGGGGAAACGACCAUUAUAUGACCCAGCUUGUACCAGCGCAUGUGGAGACUAGUUCUCACGUAAUCGUUCCAUAUAUUUACCCACGAUGCGAGUUUAUCAUUCGAAUUAUUAAAAGUUCAGCGAAACAACCAGUAGAUAUAUGUUUACAUUACAAUUCAUCAUCAGAUUGUUCCAGUUUGAAAAGGAAUGGAUGGAUGGAAUCUCCUAUUUUGAAUAAAACAAUUGUUGUGACAAGUACGGACACCUUUUCUGUCAUGCAAUACAAAGGUUUAUCCGGAUUCCUGUCCUAUAUACCAGGCGUAAACCAAUACCUGUCUGAAUAUGUAUUUGUUAUACCAACGAUAUACACAUAUGCACAGAAUAACUACCUUGCCAUAAUUAUACCUGUGGAUGAGCAACGAGGUCUUCUACUUGAUGACUCUCAGAUACCGGCAUUGGUUAGUUCGGAAAAUGUCCCUCGACCUCUAGACAAUUACAUUGUGCUAGCACUGCGCAUAUGGCCGGGUUUUCAUCACAUCCGACAUACUAGAAACGUCAAAUUUGGUGUUUUUUGCUACGGCAAUAACUACACUGGUACUUAUCCACCCUUCGCGUCUUACGGUUUCCCCGCUGGAUUUGCAAUUGGUGUAGACGAAUGUCAGUCGAAUCCCUGUCUCAAUGGCGCUACGUGUAUUCGUGGCGUCGCCGGAUAUACAUGUUCCUGUCUCGUGGGCUAUUCUGGAAAUAAUUGUGAACAUGACGUAAACGAAUGCGAGUCGAAUCCUUGUCUUAAUGGAGCCACGUGUGGCGAUGGAGUCAGCGCAUACACAUGUACAUGUCGACCUGGGUUUCACGGUGUGCAUUGUGAACACAUGAUGCGAAGAAGAAUGUGUUUUGCUUGUGACGACAUGUCACAUCCCGGACUUUGUGACAGAGUUCAAGAAUGUGCAAAUGGCCAGCAGUGUAUGGUACAACGAAGUCACGGGAAAUAUAGAUCCGGUUGUGCUAAUUCGAAGCUGUGUUCGACACCCCCCAAUGUGUCCUCAGAGAGUAACUGUGUCCAAUGUUGUGGGGCCGACUAUUGUAACAGCCACGGCUGCGGAAUGCAAGAGCUUAUACCGCGAGAAGACAGAGGGCCUUUUUGUUUCGAUUGCAACCACGUGUUAUCUGGACAGGAAUGUGACUCUGUAAAGCCAUGCUUCAAGGACCAGAUAUGUGGGAUUGAAAGUUUUGACUGGGCUGGCCUCUUCCAUUUUAAACUUGGCUGCUUUGACGUGUUGUGUGGCACACUGGCAGAAAGUCCAGCGUUUGCCGUCGACAUGAAGAGGUCAACACCAUUUUGUAAAUCCUGCUGCACCGAGGACUUUUGCAACAGAAACUGUACGAGGCAUUCUCCCAACCACGGUGUAAUUAUAGGCUAAUGGUCAAAUGCUCGGACUGAAAAUCUUUGGUGGUGCCAGGUGGUGGUAACAAUUUAGUUCGAAAAAUGUAUGAUUGUGCUUAUAAACAAAUAAAUACGU